AUGGGUCGCGUUUGUGCGGAUUGCGGGCGCGACCUUCCCCAGACCUCGUACACUUCCAACCAGUGGUCCAAAGGUAUUGGGCUGUCGCGAUGCGCCGGCUGCGUUCACGGUCAUUCCUUCGACACGCCUGCUCUCGAGCAAUCCGACAGCGGCCGGUACAAUCAAUCCACAAAGGCCGACUUUUCCGAAGAUGACCUCGAGAAUCCUUUCGCAUCGGGUGCUUUUCGCUGGGUUGCCAGGGGAGUUUACACCGGCGGCACACGAUCUGGCCAAGCCUGCGUUUUGAAAUGGUUCAAGACGGGCGUUGUCUUCGAAGCUGAAUACUUUGCUCUCGACAUCAAGGCGGUCGAUAAAGCUCUGGAGAUUGUGAACCGCUUCAAUGAGCUGAAUAUGGUCAACAAGACCGUCAAGAUCAACGUACCCGCGGUGUGGGUGUUCCAAAAGCCGUGUUCCCGGGCUGGCCAGAAAGCCCUGGUUGAGCCCUUCAUCCAGAACUACAAAAAGUUCAACAGCAACACUGGUUGGAUGGACGAUUGGGGGCGGUGGCCGCAGGUCAUGCAGGCCUUGAGCCACUUCAGCUACCACAUCUCGGGCGGAAACCACGUGCUUUGCGACCUGCAAGGCGGCAUUUACCAGCACGAGCUCGUCCUAUCCGACCCGGUGAUCCUCUCCAGCAACGGCGACUACGGCGUCACCGAUCUCGGCCGCGACGGCAUCAUUUCCUUCUUCAGCCAGCACGACUGCAACCAGUACUGCCGCCCCAACUGGACCAAGCCCGCCAACCCGCGCCAGCUCUUCAAGCCGGUCCCCGGCACCACCAUGCUCCGCCGCACCGUGCCGACCGCCUUCUCCCGGCCCGGAAAUACCCGUGAUUACGGGAACUGGUACUGA